AUGUACAGUGAAACAUACGAAGACGACACGCCCCUCCCAUUAAUAACGAACUACACUGUGAUUAAAGACACUGGUAUAGAAGAUAAGCGGGACUCAGAAGACCGAGUUAUACUAGAGAUAGGACGGCCAGAUGAAAGGCUCAGGGAAGAACAUACCUUUUCCCAUAAGAAAUACGACAAAACCAUAUCACAUCAUAGAUCGUACGUUUUGGAGGAACACUCAGAACCACGACGGAUUACUUAUUUUAGGCCUCAUGAGCUACAGUCACAUGAAGGUGUAAGAUACAUUGAACGAUUAGAAGAUUACAGGGAAAUGAGUUUUAUGGAUGCUGUGACGAGAUCUCCGCUGGAGUUCUCCCAGGAGUCACAGGACACAGUCAAAUUUUCUGAUGACCCGGAAGAUUCUAUUUUAAAUUGGAAAGAGAGAGCUCUGCAGUUGGAAAAGGAAUACAAAAAGACAGCUUGCGAUAGAGAGAGGACACGUAUGAGAGAUAUGAAUCGCGCGUUUGAUUUGCUUCGCUCUAAGCUGCCGGUGACGAAGCCUUCCAAGAAGAAAUACUCCAAGAUUGAGUGCCUACGUAUAGCAAUUUGCUACAUACGCCACUUGGAGUACAUGCUGGCGGGGGGCUCGCAAGACGACAACGCGGCGUUUUUCGAGCCUCAGGUCACAGAGCUACGACGACAACAU